UUUGAGCUGUAAACAGACCACUCCUUGGGUACGGGUGUGGUCAAUAAACAAUUUGUGGCUAGCUACUGCUUUUUACUGAAAUUCUGCAGUGCUCUACUAGACUAUACUACUGAUCACCAAGAAAGAUACAUCUUAGAGAGGCAGGAUGGUCAACUACAAGCUGGUAGUACUAGGAGAAGGAGGCGUAGGGAAAUCAGCAAUCACAAUCCAGUUCACAAGUAGCGUGUUUGCUGCGGACUACGACCCAACUAUUGAGGAUGCGUACCGUAUUGAUGCGGAGAUAGAUAACGAGGUGGUAGGUCUGGACAUUCUCGACACGGCCGGACAAGAGGUGUUCAGUGCAGUGAGGGACCGGUACAUGAGGGACGGGGAAGGGUUCCUGCUCGUCUACUCGCUUAUCGAGAGGACAACGUUCGUACCAAUGUCCAAGAUCAGUGAGCAGAUCAAACGAGUGAAAGAUACCGACAGACACGUCCCAGUCGUUCUAGUAGGAAACAAGUCUGACAUGGCAGACAAGCGUGAGGUGUCACAUGGAGAGGGAGAGCUGCUAGCAAGACAACUGCAGUGUCCGUUCUUCGAAACAUCGGCCAAACUUCGGAUAUCCAUCGACGAAUGUUUCCAUGAGCUCGUUAGAGAAAUAAAGAAAGCUCAACAAGAAAAGAACAGAGAAGAAACAGAAAAGGACAAAAAGGGAGGGUGCUGCGUAGUGCUCUAGAACAAAAACUUUUAUGGUAAAGGUUAUUUAACACUGAUACCCCUAUCCAUCUAGCAAUAUUACUUUUAUACAUAAUUGUGCAUGUCACCAGGCUGUUUUUAAAUUUCUGUUUCAGACAAUGUUAAAUUUAUUAUAAAGAUGUGUGCAUGUUAGCCUUGCACAUAUAAUAUAGUUUUAAAUAGCUUUACAUUUCAUUUGUAGAUCUUCUACGUUUUGUAUGAAUCUUUCCCUAAUUAUUCUGGAGUUGAUUGAAGUGCCAGUUUUGUGUUUUCUCAUUUAUCCCAACCUUGUAUCUUUAUUCCGUUGUUCAUCUAAACAUCUUCAAUUGCCAUUAACAA